UUCCUUAUGGCCUAUCCUUAUAUGUUUUGUGAAUUGUUUGCCCUGUCGAAAAUGAUGAUUUGAACUUGUUUUGGUCGAGAGAACUCCUGAACUAUAGGAUGAAAAAGUCCGGGCACGGCCAACAAACAGCCAGAUGGCUCAUUAUCCCACUGGCCACCCCGAUUCCUAUAAACAGCGCCAUUGCGGGCUGAAAACACCCAACGAAACAUUGCAAGAAAGAGCUCUCGAUGGGUACCAGCACUGCUCCCAAUCGCGUCCCACUCACGACUACUGCAAAGCAAAACUUACUUAAUCGCUCUCGCCGCCCUCCACUCUAUGAUUCGCCGGAGGAAAUGGCUCUGCCGAUAAAGAAAAGGAAAUUGUGCUUGACUGAAAAUGCAGUAUGUAAUGAGAAAGAGUUGGAGAAUUCGUUCUGCAAAUUUGGGGACGAUCAGAAGAAGGUUCUUGAAGUAGCAGGAGGAAGAUUGCAGGAUGUGAGUGAGGCCUUUAAUAAUGCAAGUGAUGUGACUUUUCGUGAAAAGAAAGAUGUGAAAAUUGAAGAAGUUUGGUGUGAUCAUAAGAAAGAAACCAGAUGCAAUCUGCAAACUUGUUGUAGCUAUAUAGAGAAAGUUAAAGAAGAUAAGGCUAACCAGCCCUCCUCUUUAUCAAAGAUGAACAAUCUUAAAGGUUUGUUUGGUGUGAUCAUAAGAAAGAAACCAGAUGCAAUCUGCAAACUUGUUGUUCCUGAGUACUUCAAGGAUAGACCAAAGUUGUCAAACAACCACUCCUUAUUAAAGAUGAAAAAUCUUAGAGCUAUUCAAAGAUAUUAG